CCCAUGCUAACGUGUUACCAGCUCAAUGCCGAGCGGAGCCCAGCCGGCGCGUCUCUCUCCUCCUCCUCCCAGGCAGGCUGACCCACCGCACCGCUCACCGAGGCGACCCCGGGCCGGCGUGGGAACCCACCCCCCCACCCCGCCGCGCCGCCGCCGCCGCGUUUUGAAGCCGUUUGUACAUCCAACAUUUGUAUUUUUUGGUGUUUUUUUGUUGCGCGCGUGUCGCCGUUUAUGGAGCCUAAACUCCACCCGCGGGUUCAGACUCGGAUGGGCUUCCUAUAAAGAGCGGCGCACAGUCAGAGCGGGGUUUCUUUAGCAACCUGCUCCACAUCCGGACACUUGUUUUCACCGGGUCAGGUGCAGCAUUUGUCCUGCCCCCCCCCCCCACCACCCCCCCCGAGGGCUCAGACGCGAACCGAACUUACGGGAUAAUUCACCAGAAGCACCUUCUUCUUCUUCUUCUUCUUCUUUUGCCUCCCCCCCCCCCCCCGGGUGUUGGUAAUGUUAGCCGUGGGUCAGAUGGACGGGUCCCGCCAGAGCGCCUUCCUCCUCAGCACGCCUCCGCUGGCGGCUCUGCACAGCAUGACCGAGAUGAAGACCCCGCUCUACCCCACCUACCCGCUCUCCUCCACCGGACCCUCCUCGUCCACCUCGCCCGCCGCCACCUCCCCGAACCCCGGCGGCGUCGCGGUGUCCUCCCCCGGCGUCAAAGCCGCCACGGGACUCUCCUCGGGUCUGGGGACGCCCCAGCAGUGCGCGGCCGCCACCCCUCACGGAAUAAACGACAUCCUGAACCGGCCCUCCAUCGUCUCGGGGGCCGCGGCGUCCGUCGCCGCGUCCUCGUCCGGCGGGAUCUUGUCGGGAUUGCCUCGCUUCAGCAGCCUGAGCCCGCCGCCUCCUCCCGGACUUUAUUUCAGCCCCGGGGCCGCGGCGGUGGCGGUGGCCCGCUACCCAAAGCCCCUGGCGGACCUCCCGAGCAGGACUCCUAUAUUCUGGCCGGGCGUCAUGCAGAGCCCGCACUGGAGGGACGCCAGAUUCGCGUGCUCGCCCCAUCAGAACUCUGUGUUACUGGACAAGGACGGGAAAAGGAAACACACUCGCCCCACUUUCUCCGGACAGCAAAUCUUUGCCCUGGAAAAGACAUUCGAACAGACUAAAUACCUCGCGGGGCCGGAGAGAGCCCGGCUAGCUUACUCGUUGGGGAUGACAGAGAGCCAAGUUAAGGUGUGGUUUCAGAACAGAAGAACCAAGUGGCGGAAGCGGCACGCGGCCGAGAUGGCCUCGGCGAAGAAGAAGCAGGACUCGGAGACGGAGCGGCUCAAGGGCACCUCGGACAACGAGGACGACGACGACGACUACAACAAGCCGCUGGACCCCAACUCGGACGACGAGAAGAUCACACAGCUGCUGAAGAAGCACAAGCCGAGCGCGUCUCUGCUCAGUCACACGUCCGAGAACGACAGCUCGUAGAGCCGGACCUGGGGGGGGACGUGGGGGGGGGG